AUGUUCCGUGGUCCAUUACUACGAAGUUCUCUUGGUAUCCAGGGAACAGUGACGUUUAAAAGCCACAUAAUUCUCGGCAUGAUUGACGAUCUUAUAUUUGAGCCCAUGGAACACAUGUCACUGGACCGAGAUGACACGGACCGCAAAGCACCGAACCCAAAGAACCCAAAGAACCCAAAGAACCCAAAGAACCCAAAGAACCCAAAGAACCCAAAGAACCCAAAGAACCCAAAGAACCCAAAGAACCCAAAGAACCCAAAGAACCCAAAGAACCCAAAGAACCCAAAGAACCCAAAGAACCCAAAGAACCCAAAGAACCCAAAGAACCCAAAGAACCCAAAGAACCCAAAGAACCCAAAGAACCCAAAGAACCCAAAGAACCCAAAGAACCCAAAGAACCCAAAGAACCCAAAGAACCCAAAGAACCCAAAGAACCCAAAGAACCCAAAGAACCCAAAGAACCCAAAGAACCCAAAGAACCCAAAGAACCCAAAGAACCCAAAGAACCCAAAGAACCCAAAGAACCCAAAGAACCCAAAGAACCCAAAGAACCCAAAGAACCCAAAGAACCCAAAGAACCCAAAGAACCCAAAGAACCCAAAGAACCCAAAGAACCCAAAGAACCCAAAGAACCCAAAGAACCCAAAGAACCCAAAGAACCCAAAGAACCCAAAGAACCCAAAGAACCCAAAGAACCCAAAGAACCCAAAGAACCCAAAGAACCCAAAGAACCCAAAGAACCCAAAGAACCCAAAGAACCCAAAGAACCCAAAGAACCCAAAGAACCCAAAGAACCCAAAGAACCCAAAGAACCCAAAGAACCCAAAGAACCCAAAGAACCCAAAGAACCCAAAGAACCCAAAGAACCCAAAGAACCCAAAGAACCCAAAGAACCCAAAGAACCCAAAGAACCCAAAGAACCCAAAGAACCCAAAGAACCCAAAGAACCCAAAGAACCCAAAGAACCCAAAGAACCCAAAGAACCCAAAGAACCCAAAGAACCCAAAGAACCCAAAGAACCCAAAGAACCCAAAGAACCCAAAGAACCCAAAGAACCCAAAGAACCCAAAGAACCCAAAGAACCCAAAGAACCCAAAGAACCCAAAGAACCCAAAGAACCCAAAGAACCCAAAGAACCCAAAGAACCCAAAGAACCCAAAGAACCCAAAGAACCCAAAGAACCCAAAGAACCCAAAGAACCCAAAGAACCCAAAGAACCCAAAGAACCCAAAGAACCCAAAGAACCCAAAGAACCCAAAGAACCCAAAGAACCCAAAGAACCCAAAGAACCCAAAGAACCCAAAGAACCCAAAGAACCCAAAGAACCCAAAGAACCCAAAGAACCCAAAGAACCCAAAGAACCCAAAGAACCCAAAGAACCCAAAGAACCCAAAGAACCCAAAGAACCCAAAGAACCCAAAGAACCCAAAGAACCCAAAGAACCCAAAGAACCCAAAGAACCCAAAGAACCCAAAGAACCCAAAGAACCCAAAGAACCCAAAGAACCCAAAGAACCCAAAGAACCCAAAGAACCCAAAGAACCCAAAGAACCCAAAGAACCCAAAGAACCCAAAGAACCCAAAGAACCCAAAGAACCCAAAGAACCCAAAGAACCCAAAGAACCCAAAGAACCCAAAGAACCCAAAGAACCCAAAGAACCCAAAGAACCCAAAGAACCCAAAGAACCCAAAGAACCCAAAGAACCCAAAGAACCCAAAGAACCCAAAGAACCCAAAGAACCCAAAGAACCCAAAGAACCCAAAGAACCCAAAGAACCCAAAGAACCCAAAGAACCCAAAGAACCCAAAGAACCCAAAGAACCCAAAGAACCCAAAGAACCCAAAGAACCCAAAGAACCCAAAGAACCCAAAGAACCCAAAGAACCCAAAGAACCCAAAGAACCCAAAGAACCCAAAGAACCCAAAGAACCCAAAGAACCCAAAGAACCCAAAGAACCCAAAGAACCCAAAGAACCCAAAGAACCCAAAGAACCCAAAGAACCCAAAGAACCCAAAGAACCCAAAGAACCCAAAGAACCCAAAGAACCCAAAGAACCCAAAGAACCCAAAGAACCCAAAGAACCCAAAGAACCCAAAGAACCCAAAGAACCCAAAGAACCCAAAGAACCCAAAGAACCCAAAGAACCCAAAGAACCCAAAGAACCCAAAGAACCCAAAGAACCCAAAGAACCCAAAGAACCCAAAGAACCCAAAGAACCCAAAGAACCCAAAGAACCCAAAGAACCCAAAGAACCCAAAGAACCCAAAGAACCCAAAGAACCCAAAGAACCCAAAGAACCCAAAGAACCCAAAGAACCCAAAGAACCCAAAGAACCCAAAGAACCCAAAGAACCCAAAGAACCCAAAGAACCCAAAGAACCCAAAGAACCCAAAGAACCCAAAGAACCCAAAGAACCCAAAGAACCCAAAGAACCCAAAGAACCCAAAGAACCCAAAGAACCCAAAGAACCCAAAGAACCCAAAGAACCCAAAGAACCCAAAGAACCCAAAGAACCCAAAGAACCCAAAGAACCCAAAGAACCCAAAGAACCCAAAGAACCCAAAGAACCCAAAGAACCCAAAGAACCCAAAGAACCCAAAGAACCCAAAGAACCCAAAGAACCCAAAGAACCCAAAGAACCCAAAGAACCCAAAGAACCCAAAGAACCCAAAGAACCCAAAGAACCCAAAGAACCCAAAGAACCCAAAGAACCCAAAGAACCCAAAGAACCCAAAGAACCCAAAGAACCCAAAGAACCCAAAGAACCCAAAGAACCCAAAGAACCCAAAGAACCCAAAGAACCCAAAGAACCCAAAGAACCCAAAGAACCCAAAGAACCCAAAGAACCCAAAGAACCCAAAGAACCCAAAGAACCCAAAGAACCCAAAGAACCCAAAGAACCCAAAGAACCCAAAGAACCCAAAGAACCCAAAGAACCCAAAGAACCCAAAGAACCCAAAGAACCCAAAGAACCCAAAGAACCCAAAGAACCCAAAGAACCCAAAGAACCCAAAGAACCCAAAGAACCCAAAGAACCCAAAGAACCCAAAGAACCCAAAGAACCCAAAGAACCCAAAGAACCCAAAGAACCCAAAGAACCCAAAGAACCCAAAGAACCCAAAGAACCCAAAGAACCCAAAGAACCCAAAGAACCCAAAGAACCCAAAGAACCCAAAGAACCCAAAGAACCCAAAGAACCCAAAGAACCCAAAGAACCCAAAGAACCCAAAGAACCCAAAGAACCCAAAGAACCCAAAGAACCCAAAGAACCCAAAGAACCCAAAGAACCCAAAGAACCCAAAGAACCCAAAGAACCCAAAGAACCCAAAGAACCCAAAGAACCCAAAGAACCCAAAGAACCCAAAGAACCCAAAGAACCCAAAGAACCCAAAGAACCCAAAGAACCCAAAGAACCCAAAGAACCCAAAGAACCCAAAGAACCCAAAGAACCCAAAGAACCCAAAGAACCCAAAGAACCCAAAGAACCCAAAGAACCCAAAGAACCCAAAGAACCCAAAGAACCCAAAGAACCCAAAGAACCCAAAGAACCCAAAGAACCCAAAGAACCCAAAGAACCCAAAGAACCCAAAGAACCCAAAGAACCCAAAGAACCCAAAGAACCCAAAGAACCCAAAGAACCCAAAGAACCCAAAGAACCCAAAGAACCCAAAGAACCCAAAGAACCCAAAGAACCCAAAGAACCCAAAGAACCCAAAGAACCCAAAGAACCCAAAGAACCCAAAGAACCCAAAGAACCCAAAGAACCCAAAGAACCCAAAGAACCCAAAGAACCCAAAGAACCCAAAGAACCCAAAGAACCCAAAGAACCCAAAGAACCCAAAGAACCCAAAGAACCCAAAGAACCCAAAGAACCCAAAGAACCCAAAGAACCCAAAGAACCCAAAGAACCCAAAGAACCCAAAGAACCCAAAGAACCCAAAGAACCCAAAGAACCCAAAGAACCCAAAGAACCCAAAGAACCCAAAGAACCCAAAGAACCCAAAGAACCCAAAGAACCCAAAGAACCCAAAGAACCCAAAGAACCCAAAGAACCCAAAGAACCCAAAGAACCCAAAGAACCCAAAGAACCCAAAGAACCCAAAGAACCCAAAGAACCCAAAGAACCCAAAGAACCCAAAGAACCCAAAGAACCCAAAGAACCCAAAGAACCCAAAGAACCCAAAGAACCCAAAGAACCCAAAGAACCCAAAGAACCCAAAGAACCCAAAGAACCCAAAGAACCCAAAGAACCCAAAGAACCCAAAGAACCCAAAGAACCCAAAGAACCCAAAGAACCCAAAGAACCCAAAGAACCCAAAGAACCCAAAGAACCCAAAGAACCCAAAGAACCCAAAGAACCCAAAGAACCCAAAGAACCCAAAGAACCCAAAGAACCCAAAGAACCCAAAGAACCCAAAGAACCCAAAGAACCCAAAGAACCCAAAGAACCCAAAGAACCCAAAGAACCCAAAGAACCCAAAGAACCCAAAGAACCCAAAGAACCCAAAGAACCCAAAGAACCCAAAGAACCCAAAGAACCCAAAGAACCCAAAGAACCCAAAGAACCCAAAGAACCCAAAGAACCCAAAGAACCCAAAGAACCCAAAGAACCCAAAGAACCCAAAGAACCCAAAGAACCCAAAGAACCCAAAGAACCCAAAGAACCCAAAGAACCCAAAGAACCCAAAGAACCCAAAGAACCCAAAGAACCCAAAGAACCCAAAGAACCCAAAGAACCCAAAGAACCCAAAGAACCCAAAGAACCCAAAGAACCCAAAGAACCCAAAGAACCCAAAGAACCCAAAGAACCCAAAGAACCCAAAGAACCCAAAGAACCCAAAGAACCCAAAGAACCCAAAGAACCCAAAGAACCCAAAGAACCCAAAGAACCCAAAGAACCCAAAGAACCCAAAGAACCCAAAGAACCCAAAGAACCCAAAGAACCCAAAGAACCCAAAGAACCCAAAGAACCCAAAGAACCCAAAGAACCCAAAGAACCCAAAGAACCCAAAGAACCCAAAGAACCCAAAGAACCCAAAGAACCCAAAGAACCCAAAGAACCCAAAGAACCCAAAGAACCCAAAGAACCCAAAGAACCCAAAGAACCCAAAGAACCCAAAGAACCCAAAGAACCCAAAGAACCCAAAGAACCCAAAGAACCCAAAGAACCCAAAGAACCCAAAGAACCCAAAGAACCCAAAGAACCCAAAGAACCCAAAGAACCCAAAGAACCCAAAGAACCCAAAGAACCCAAAGAACCCAAAGAACCCAAAGAACCCAAAGAACCCAAAGAACCCAAAGAACCCAAAGAACCCAAAGAACCCAAAGAACCCAAAGAACCCAAAGAACCCAAAGAACCCAAAGAACCCAAAGAACCCAAAGAACCCAAAGAACCCAAAGAACCCAAAGAACCCAAAGAACCCAAAGAACCCAAAGAACCCAAAGAACCCAAAGAACCCAAAGAACCCAAAGAACCCAAAGAACCCAAAGAACCCAAAGAACCCAAAGAACCCAAAGAACCCAAAGAACCCAAAGAACCCAAAGAACCCAAAGAACCCAAAGAACCCAAAGAACCCAAAGAACCCAAAGAACCCAAAGAACCCAAAGAACCCAAAGAACCCAAAGAACCCAAAGAACCCAAAGAACCCAAAGAACCCAAAGAACCCAAAGAACCCAAAGAACCCAAAGAACCCAAAGAACCCAAAGAACCCAAAGAACCCAAAGAACCCAAAGAACCCAAAGAACCCAAAGAACCCAAAGAACCCAAAGAACCCAAAGAACCCAAAGAACCCAAAGAACCCAAAGAACCCAAAGAACCCAAAGAACCCAAAGAACCCAAAGAACCCAAAGAACCCAAAGAACCCAAAGAACCCAAAGAACCCAAAGAACCCAAAGAACCCAAAGAACCCAAAGAACCCAAAGAACCCAAAGAACCCAAAGAACCCAAAGCACCUAAAGCACCCAACGAACCUAAAGAGUCUAAAAAGAAUCCCGAAGAAUCCCGAAAGUGACAACGAAGCCUCUGAAAGGACUUCAAAGAUCGCGAAUAUUAUCCCCUCUGGUACACUUAUGAUCACUUGA